CACCUACUAUCCGCCGCCGCAAUAGCCGCGCGUGAGUGGCGCUCCUCGCCGAGCUGCUUAUAAGAGAAGGGGCGCGAAGAAGGAGCCCGCAACUCGCCUCGUCUGCGGGAGCCGCACUUCGCUCCUCGACUCCCCGCCCUCUCGCCUCCCCGACCUGGCUCCUGUCCUGCGAGGGGCGCAAGGGCGACCGCGAAACCCCGGCGUGCCUCGGCAGUGGGGACGGGCGGCCCCUCUUCGCCCAACCGACCCACGUGGUUCCCGAAGCCGGGUCGGUUCGCGGCAGAGGAGCGCUCGCUUACCUGCGGCGGCUGGUGCUGCUCCCCGCGGCCGUCGCUCCGCCGGCUAGCGGUGGACGGGGAGGAAGACGCCACCUGGCCGGGCGGGAGACGCGCCGCGCCGCGCUGCUGCUCGGGCGUGGGUGCCUCGGUUCCAGCCCGGAGGCGUCUCCUUCGGGCUGCGGCAGCAUUGGCAGAUCGGCCGGAGAUGCUCGGAGUUGGCCGGACUCGGCGAAGAGGCUCGGCCGGCGUGCGAGUCUGAGCGGCUCCCCGCGCCGUCUCCCUUUUCGCCUGUCACCUCGCCGUCCCGAGAGAAGGGAAGGAGGGCGGCCCGUGACUCCCCAGCGCCGCUACCGGCGGCCGAAUCUCCGCUUUUUCCCUGCCUGGUGAGUCUCCAGUUCCCGGAGUCGAAGGAUGCAGUUUCGCCUCUUCUCCUUUGCUUUGAUCGUCCUAAACUGUAUGGAUUACAGCCACUGUCAAGGCGGCCGGUUGAGACGCGGCAAGAGAGCAAACUAUGGGCCAAAUCCAAUUUGCAAAGGCUGUUUGUCUUGCUCAAAGGACAAUGGAUGCAUCAGAUGUCAACAUAAGUUGUUCUUCUUUCUACGAAGAGAAGGAAUGAGACAAUAUGGAGAAUGCUUGAAUUCCUGCCCAUUGGGGUACUAUGGUCUUCGAGCCCCAGACAUGAACAGAUGUUCAAGAUGCAGAAUAGAGAACUGUGAUUCUUGUUUUAGUCGAGACUUUUGCACCAAAUGCAAACCUGGGUUUUAUCUCUACCGAGGCCGUUGCUUUGGGGAAUGUCCUGAUGGUUUUGUCCAUUUAGAUGAAACUAUGGAAUGUGUGGAAGGUUGCCAAGUGGGCCCCUGGAGCGAGUGGGCAGUUUGCAGCACAAAUAACAAGACCUGCGGAUUUAAGUGGGGUUUGGAAACAAGAACAAGGCAAAUUGUUAAAAAGCCAGCAAAAGACACGAUACCAUGUCCCACCAUUGCAGAAUCCAGAAGAUGCAAAAUGGCCUUGAGACACUGCCCAGGAGGAAAGAGGACACCGAAGAAAAAGGAUAAGAAGAAGAAGAAAAAGAAUUUAAUGGAACAAGCUCAGAAGCAGCACAGUUUUUUCCUAGCUACAGACCGAGCUAGUCAAUAGAGACACUUGCCCAGGGCCCGUUGGUGAUACAUGUGGGUUGUUUUUUUAGUUUAUAUCUUGUUUUUGUUUGUUUUGCAAAAUACACAGAAGCUGCUAUUAGCUCCUGCAUGAGGAAGCACUGCAAUUCAGCUGCUCAGACAGCAUUUGGACCUGGGGAAAGAGAAGAACAUCCACAAGCUUGUUUGUGUGUGUUAUUUAUACUUUUAUGAUUAAUGUGGUUCUUAUUGUUCUCAUUGUUCCCCAAACUUGGUCUCUCCAAACUGAAGAAAAGCACUGAGUUCAAUCAGUGGAAGUGUGUCAAAAAUGUCUUUUGAGGGUUCCCUUCCCCCUUUCGUUUAAAUUUGGUGCCUCCAAGAAGGAAAUAUUUGGCUUCUUGGCACAGGACUUUGGAGACAGGAGCAUCAGGACUGCAUGGCACCAUGGGAUAAGUUCCUAUUUCUACAAGGCGAAUAAAUUGGGAAGUUAGAAUUGAAUAUUGUUUUUCAAACUGUACAUUUUCAAGACUGAAGGAUACCAAGAAGAUAUCUAUAGAUAACACACUUGGUCCUCAGCACACCUGCUAUACUGGAACAGCUGUAUAGUCAAACUGCUCUUGACUGAUAUAUGAAAUUAUGGCUUAGUAUUUCAGGAGCACAGUGGUUCCCAUGUGUACAUAUCAUGCUGUCUACAUAUAA